AAUCUUCCACUCCUGUCUCUUUAAGGAUGAAAAGGGAAUGUGCAUCGAUUAAGGUUUUUAUCUCAAGUCCACGAAUGAGUUUAAGAAUGAGGAAGCAAAUACUUUAAACGUCGGCAGGUUGUAAACAUGCUCUGUUUUGAAAGAGUGAUUGACUCGACCUAUGACUCACUUCUAGCUUCUUUUGUCUCGCGAAUUUUAUAAACGCGCCCCACGCCCACAAAAUUCAGCAGAAGCAGAUGAGCCGUCGGAUGUCUGAUGCUGCCAUAUCGGACACAAGGAGAAAAACCGCGCAAACAUGGAGAAAAAUAACAAUUCGUUUGUAAUGGAUGUUAUCGAGGUCGAGAAGUUUCUCGGUAACCCGCCUCACGGUUUCAACGUUGAACAUCGCUCUGGUUACAGACUCGUCAAGUCCGAUCCGAGUCAGUCGUGCGUGUUUAUCGAUGAGUUUCAGUCGAGCAAAGGCAAAGUGAUCUUCAGUCAAUCACCUGGAAGGAAAAUCACAGUGCGCAACUUGGGGGAGUACACGAACCUCAGGAAUCAACUGCUCGCAAAGAAAAUAUACGUGAUGGUGUCUGCAUGCGCUAACACAAAUGCAAAAACACAUAAUAAGAAUAAUCCAGCUCUUGGCUUCUAUGUGGUGGUGAUCAACGGCUGUCAUCCCAUGAUCAGAUGGGAGAUGGAGAAGGGCUUAAAUUCAACCAUAUCAUCUGUUGCUGGAGAGAGCUAUACAGUCAAUGUUGAUAUUAGGAAUGCUUUACAGACAUGGAUAGGCGACAACUUUCGAAUUCUUACAGAUGGGGAAAAAGUGAAGCCCACCUGGAAAAAUACACAUUUUACUAUCAAUUACCAUUCUGAUGCACUUUUCGACUUUCCCUACUGGUUUGGUUUCAGCAAACGAGAUUUUAAGAUCUCCUACUGUGGGAAAUGAGGUCAAGAGACAAACAUCUACUGACAACACUAGUAUUGAAGACCACAGAUGAAGAAAUCAUGAGAACUAAAAUUCAUUAAAUGACUCAGCACCUUAGCACUUUUUUUGUAAAACUUUAUUUGCCCAUGACACCAGUCAUGUAAAAGAUGUUAAAUUUUGUUGGAGUAGAAGAGUCAAUUUUGUAAAUCAUCUCUGUUUAUUCCAAGAAAAUAAUCACAACAAACAAAGUUUUUACAAUACUAUAGUAAUACAUUAUAUAAAAGUAAUAUUCAUUUGAACUGUUUAUAUAUCCUCUAAAGCAUUUUCAUGGAUGACUGUAAAUAACAUUUAGCAAAUAAAUGCUUGUUAACAUCUCUGUAAACGCCUUCACACUCUUAACCACAUCCUUAGACAACCACAAACAUAAGAUGAAAGAGAUCAUCGAGACCACUCUUUAUUUGUAAAUUCAUUUAACCAGUUUAAGGAAGAAGCAGGAGGGUUGAUGCUGCUUGGGUGAUGGUCUGUAUGUAGCCUUUGUAAUCAUUCCCACCGUAGUUGAGCAACAGGUAGUUUAUGAUUCCCACAAUACACAUGAGUGAUAGAAAAAAGAGGAUACGCUUCCCAAAGAGAAAGCCUGGAAUGCUGUCAGGAAAACAAAGACAUCUGUCAUAUAUUGUGGUUUUUAAAUUCUGUAAAUGAUCAUGGGGAUAUUCUGAAACGUUGCAGAUAAAGUGUUAAUACAAAGUAAAUAUUUAUUGACAGAGUAAAAUUAUCUUUUACAUGUCAUCUCUGUGAUUCUAAGAGAGCUUAUCGCGGUUUUGCAGUGAUGUAAUAAAUAGUAUUUGUAUUCACAAUA